UGUUCACCUGUUUUAUUCACAACCUAGUCUUACAAGGAAGAUAUCCUUAUUUAUAAGUAUUUUUUAAAAACCAUAUAAAGGAUGAAUGUUACUGUUUUUCAUAAUGUUAUAUUUGGUUUGCUUGUGAUACCAAUAUUGUCGGUUGCUACAAGUAACGCUUAUUUUUUAUCAAACGAUUCAACAAUUUGGGGGAAAAUCAACUGCACACUGGCCGUUCCAGAUCUUAAUUAUACAGAUGAAGGUAUUUAUGUCGUGAACGAUGAUAUGUCUGUAUUAUCCUUGCCAUCGGAGGGUGCAUGGAUAGGACUAUACAAAGCUCGAUUGAGUUAUUCAUAUGUUGGUUGCAAUACACUGAAUGACACCGAUGUGUUGCUGGUAAGAAAUUUGAGCGACUGUAGAUGGCAAAGUGGAUGUGACAUGUUUGGAGUACGAAAAACGGACACUGAUAAAGUUGAGUGCAAGUGUUUGAAAUCGUUUGUUACCAAGGAAAAAGGAUGUACUUCCAUGUGCGGAUCAGAAGAUAAAUAUCCGUGUGGACCUAUUGGAAACAGCUAUUUUUCAAUAUACACUAUCGAAAACGUUUCGAGUUGUUCUCUUGGUUGUGAUGAUGUUACUAACGGAUGUUUAGGCGUUCGUUUUGAUAAUGUGAAGAAGGUCAGAUGGUGGUUGUGCAGCAGGUCAUGGAACACUUCAAUUUUGUGUAGCAAACAACCGUAUAAUGAAACUGAUGGAGAGAUUGAGGCAUUUCCGAGAAAAAGAAAUAAAACAUGGGCAAACACUGGACAGAAGUGUCUCGAAAAUGGUCUGUUUCCAACACCAUUUCGACAUAUCCAGUCAAUAAACUUAAAUGAAACAAGAGGGUUCUGGACAAGCGUUAUCAGGAUGGAGUCUCUGCUCAGUGUUCAUGACAACUUUGCUACUUCAAAUCCGAUGCAGUACGCCUAUGUUAAAUGUGUUGGGGGUGAACUUAAAGUCGGAUUUGACGGUGACUUUACCAAACAAAGGACAGCUCUAUGCCGGGGUGGUGGAGUUACAACAACAAUGCAAACUACUACGUCCAAAUAUACUUCUACAAAGGAAUCCGAAGACCAAACUACACAAGGUCAUGUAUAUACAACUCAUACAUCAACGUCAGAAAGAUCGACGCCAUAUCACGAGACAAAAACAAGAGAUUUAACAUCCCCUACGAGCUCUAGUUUAGCUGAGAAAGCUUCAAGACACAUUCCUAUUUCGGGGAUAUCUGCUGGUGUAUCAAUUAUUCUUCUGACAGUAAUUGCCGUUGUUAUUCUUAUCUGGAAAAGAAACAGGCUAUGCAGUCUUUCUGAAGGACGAAAAUCAUCUGCACAAAGAGAAAGGGGGGAUGGUGAACAUAUAUCCUGCAAUAAAACUUUGACAAAUAAAGAAGUAAACCUGUAUCAAUGCCUACAAAACGACCAGAAAAGUCAGGAGUAUAUGGAACUCAGCCUUCCAACUGUUUCUACAGCAGAAUAUUGACCGUGGGACUAGCCUAUACGAUUUUUAUGCUACUGAUUUUGCAGUUGAAAUGGUAUUAUCAUGAGUAAUUUAGUUUGAACUCAAACUUUAACCAACUGUAUGAUUAUUGCCAAACAUGGGGCUUAGAAGUAAAUUUAUCUGAUACCAAGCAGGAAAUAUUCCGUAACAGAGGACCAGUAAGACCGAACGAAACUUAGUUUUGUAACGAAUAACCACUUGAUGAGGUCGACGAGUUAAAUAACUAACAUGGCGCUGUAUUUAAAAAUACAGCUCCAUUCUUUUAUACUUAAUUGGCAAUGCUCUUAAAGAUAGGCAUGUAUAAUAACAACAAUUAACACAUUCACGGCGCCUUUUAAAAUUGCGCACCAAUUAAGCUAAUCGUUUAUAGUUCCUUGUGCAAUUAUGGAACUCAUGUUUGAGUAUUUUACGAAACAAAAUACAUCGGACGGGGUCACCAUAUGUUUAAAAGAACUUUUACACAGACUGUUUACGAAUGAUUAGGGAUUUAUGCUAACGUAUUGCUUUAAAGUGCAAGAAUCUUAUUUUAUUUAACUUCAGUGUACUGUAAAUACAAGGUUAAGCAAGGAUGGUCUUUCCUAUUGGUAUCCUUCAACGUUCAAUGCCAACUUGAUAAAAAUGGAAUUUUCCACGUCUGUUGUAAUUGUAAUGUCAAAGUUUUUUUUCAAGUCUUAUGAUUGAUGUUGGUCUACAAAAGAGCUAUCGUAAUAGUGCGAAACUCAAUGAUAUAUUCUGACAUGUGCAUGGUUCAUUUGGUAUGUCUGAAUAUUGCAUUUAAUAAAACCAAAAGAACCCGCAUAAACAAGUUGCGUGUAUUGGAGCACAACACUACAUGUAGCAACAUCAAGAAACUGUCCAAAUGGACUGCCAAAAAAGAUAUAUUAUGUUUAUUAUGCAUAAAGGGAAAUUACGGAUAAAAGUAAUUUUGUAAUUUCUUGUAGUUAUUUCAAUGCACUCAUACCAAUGUUUAUUCAAAAGGUAUUUAUAUUGAUGACUUAAUAAUUAAUAGAAAUUAUAAGCAUGUAUCAAUUGAUGUAAAUUAAUGAAAGCACUUGUUACAGCAAAUAGUGGAAGAGACAAGUUAAUUAAUAACACAGUGUUCUACUUUAUUAUAUGUGGGUGUAAUUAGCGUAAACUAUAUACAUUUGCAUUCUGGAUGAUCUAUAUUUUGUUUUCAUUUGAUUACUUAUGUUAAAUGUAUUACAAUAUUGCCAUAAAAUGUAUUCUAAUACAAACAAUUCUAUCGAAAAGUGCAAAAAAAUCAUAUUACUACAGUGAUUUUAUUGUGUUGAUACUAAAAUCAAGUUCAAAAAAGUUGUCAACGGGUUUUAGAAGUUCUUUGGAUAUGUUUCCGAUUGUGAAUAUCAUUGUCUAAAUUAAU